AUGCCUGCUGCUUCUUUGCAGGGCAACGGGUCUCCAAUGGACAUCACCGAAACAUCCAAGCAUUUGGAAAGCAUCACCGUUUGCACCGGCGUGGCCGUGCACUCGAUUGCAUUCUCCUACGUUGACUAUGCUGGCGAAAAGCAUUCUACUGGUCGCUGGGGCUGGGGUGGUUCCGGUGGACAACCUGAGACUAUCCAUCUCGCUAAGUCUGAGGUGGUCACAGAGUUGUCUGGGACAAUCGGCAAAGUGGAUGAUCGCACCGUGAUAACCUCCAUCAAAUUCGUGACAAACUUAAAGAAAACCUAUGGGCCUUGGGGAGCAUAUGGGGACGACAGGGAUACUCAAUUCAUAGUCCCCAUGCAGCCAGGCAGUGGCAUCGUGGGCUUCUUCGGGCAUGCUGGGGACUAUCUCGACGCCAUUGGCAUUUACGCGCGUGCGAUCCCUACUACUACUACUACUCCUGUGAUGGGAAGGUCGCUUGAUCGCGGGUUCAUGGUGCUGAUCUCGUUUGAUUUCCUACGUUUACUUCAGUUGGUUGCUAGCUGA